AUGGCGGCUCUGAUGGCCGGAGCCUUGGCCUUGGCCAUGGCCUGGGGCCGCGGGUUGGUGCCGCUGCUGCUGCUGCUGGCGGCCCCCCCUGGCGCCCCGGGCCUGCGGCACAGCUACGACUGUGGGGCCGAGGGCAUGCAGCUGCUGGUGCUCCCCCCGGGAGGCCGCACCGUCCGCUUCAAGGUGAUGGAUGAAUUCGGGAACCAAUUUGAGGUGAACAACUGCUCCAGCUGCUACCACUGGGUUACGGCCAAGCCCGAGGGGCAAGCCGUCUUCUCCGCCGACUACAAAGGCUGCCACGUGCUGGCGAAGGCCGGGCGCUCCCACCUGAGCGUGUUCGUCGAAGCUCUGCUGCCCGACGGCCGUGUGGACGCGGCCCGGAACCUCACUCUGGUCUGUCCCAAACCCGCCCCCGGCCGGACGACGCCAGACGGCCGGACGACGCCGGACGGCUGGACAACGCCGGACGGCCGGACGACGCCGGACGGCCGGACGACGCCGGACGGCCGGCUGGUCCCAUCCGCCAGCUUCUCGCUCUCCACCCCGCACACCCGCGAGCUCCCUCCCACCGCAGAGCCCAGCGUCAGCCCCCCAACCCCUGCCUCCUCAGCCCUCGGGUCGGGCCCCACCCACCCCACGUGGGCCGGCGCCCAGGGGGGCACCGUGGAGACCUGGGGAGCUGACAAGCCGGAGGACACUGCCCUAGGCACCCGCCCGAGCCCGGAGCAGUGCCGGGGGGACUCGGGGCACAUCCCCUGCUUGGCGAGAGGAAGCUCAAAGGAAGCCUGUCAGCAGGCUGGCUGCUGCUAUGACAACACCAGGGAUGUUCCCUGUUACUAUGGCAACACAGCGACGGUCCAGUGCUCCAGAGACGGCCACUUCGUCCUGGUGGUGUCCCGAGAGGCGGCCCUGGCGCACAGGGUCACGCUGGCCACCGUCCGCCUGGCCUACGCCCCCGCCCGCUGCCCCCCCGCCCAGGAGACGGGGUCCUUCAUCGUCUUCCGCUUCCCGUUCACCCACUGCGGCACCACCGUCCAGGUGGCUGGCAACCAGCUCAUCUAUGAGAACCAGCUGGUGUCGGACGUGGAUGUCCAGGUGGGCCCACGGGGCGCCGUCACCCGGGACGGCAGCUUCCGGCUGCAGGCUCGCUGCGUCUUCAAUGGCAGCGACUUCCUGCCCCUCCGGGCGGCCGUCUUCCCGCCCGCGGCGCCCGCCUCUGUGGCCCAGCCUGGCCCCCUGCGGCUCGAGCUGCGGAUCGCCAAGGACGAGACUUUCGGCUCCUACUACGGGGAGCGGGACUACCCGCUGGUGCGGCGGCUGCUGGAGCCCGUCCCCGUGGAGGUCCGGCUGCUGCAGAGGGCGGACCCCCGCCUGGCCCUGGUGCUGCACCGCUGCUGGGCCGCCCCGGGCGCCAGCCCCUUCCAGCAGCCGCAGUGGCCCCUCCUGUCCGACGGGUGUCCGUUCGAGGGCGACAGCUACAGGACCCGCCUGGUGGCCUUGGACGGGGCCGCGCUGCCGUUCCCGGCGCAUCACCAGCGCUUCACCGUGGCCACCUUCGCCUUCCUGAACGCCAGCUCCGGCAGCGCCCUCAGGGGGCCGGUCUACUUCUUCUGCAGCGCCUCCGCCUGCUCCCCGUCGGGGCUGGAGCCCUGCUCCGCUCCCUGCGGCUCCAGGACUGCCCGACAGCGCCGGGCCGCGCCGGGCCUCGGGGACACGGCCGAGCCGCAGGACGUGGCCAGCUCUCCGGGGCCCGUGGGCUUUGUGGAUUCCUACAGGCAGGAGCCCGCGCCGGGGCCCGCAGGCUCCGCCGGGAACUCGGACCCGAGGCUUCUCCGCGGGGUGGCCCUGCUGCUGGCGGCUGUGGGCCUGGUCCUGGGGGUCGGGGUCUUUGUGGGCCUGAGCCGGGCCCCGGCCCCGGGGCUCCUGGAGGGUGGCAGGGGCUGA